AUGCAGGGCACUUUGCACGGGGGCGUGAGGUCCGUAUCGAUUGUUGCCGCCGGCAAGUUUUGUUGUGCUCGUCGAUGGUUUGUUCAGGGUGGGCCGCCGCCGCCAAAGCUGCGUGAUGGCAUUGAACCCAUGAAAAAGCUACAUUCGCAUCGCGAGGAGAUGGAUGCGCGCUACGCCGCGGAGAGGGCGGCAGAGCGUGAAUUCUACGCCCGCACCCCCCACAUUCCCGCGCCCCUGCCACACAACAGCCAUGAAAAGGGGAAGUAUGGCAUGCGGCGUCGCCUGAAGGUUCAUCAACCAGAGGACGACAUAGAUGUUGAGUCCCUCGGCGCGGCAGUGGAGACAGGAAACCACGCAAUGCGGAAGGGCUGA